CUCUCGCUACACAUGACGUCGGUUCGGAGAAGGGGGCGCGGCUUCUGUAUGGCAGGAAGCGUGACGUAACAUUUGUUGUGAUGGCAGCACGGAGCAGUGAGCCCAGCGACGGAAGAAGAAUGGAGCAGAACGUCGAAGAUUACAAGCUGAUAUUUGAGAAGGAGGGGGUGUACCUGCAUACAAAUGUCAGGAGGAGUCACCUGGACACCACGCUCCCGGGCUUCAUCCGCAUCGUGGAGCGGGCCGGGCUGCCUGCUCUGGAGUGGAGCCCGCUGGAGGAUGAGGGUCGCAGCGCCCCCGCUGUUCUCUACUCCAAAAAGGAUGGAGAAGGAGGGGAUGAGGAUACGAACUUUGACCCCGGUUAUGAGCCAGACUGGGCAGUGAUCAGCACCGUGAAGAAAGAUCGAGAACAUGUUCCGGUGAAAGAGUCAGGCCAGUGGUCGUUCUCUCUCCCGCUCUCAGAGCUGUACUCUCUCCGGAGGGCUCGGUUCUCUUUGGGUCGAAACUUUCUUGUGUUGACAAGCCGAGGCGGUCACCCGCUGCCUCCUCUGCACUUCCACAGGGGAGGAACAAGGGAACUUCUCAGGGCCCUGCAGCGUUACAUCAUCCUUGACCCGUCACCAGUCGAUGGGCGGCUCUUCCUCGCUUACCCGCACGACUCAGGUGCACUUUCUCAGUCCUUCGAUAAGCUGCACCUCCUGGAUGACGGCGGCUCAGAUCUUGUCUCGAGGUUCAUCCAGGACCCCUAUGCCACCACAUUCGGUGGAUUCUCCAAAGUCACCAAUUUCUUCCGGGCGGCCAUCCGGCCUCCAGAUUCCCCCGUCCACUUGCGCACCGCUCAGGAUCCCAGCCUGCCCCCCCAGUCGGAUGAAGAGCCUGGAUUUGAACUCAUCAACUGUGGGGUGGAGCUCGGUCCCAGACCAGAAGUAACCAGGGGACAACCUCUGGACAAAUGGGAUGAGUUUCUGGACGCUGAGGGCCGCGUGACGAACCCAGAAGAAAUUAAACAGCUGGUGUUCAGAGGGGGCAUCAUUCCAUCACUAAGGAGGGAUGUGUGGAAGUUCCUCCUGGGCUUUUAUCCGUGGAACAGCACCGCUAAAGAGCGGGAGGACAUUCUGCGGGUCAAAACGGACGAGUAUUUCCGAAUGAAGGUGCAGUGGAAGUCAGUCAGCGAAGAGCAGGAGAUGAGGAACUCCCUCCUCAGAGGCUACAGAAGCCUGAUAGAGCGAGACGUCAGCAGGACGGACAGACACAAUACCUUUUUCUCCGGGAACGACAAUCCGGGACUGACUCUGCUCAACGACGUGCUGAUGACGUACUGCAUGUACAACUUUGAUCUCGGUUAUGUGCAGGGGAUGAGUGAUCUCCUGUCUCCGCUCCUGUUCAUCACCCAGAACGAGGUGGAGUCCUUCUGGUGUCUGACGGGCUUCAUGGAGCUGGUGCACCAGAACUUUGAGGAGUCUCAGGAGGCCAUGAAGAAGCAGCUCCUCCAGCUCAGUAUCCUGCUGAAGGCUCUGGACCCAGAGCUGUGUGACUUCCUGGACUCUCAGGACAGCGGCUCGCUUUGCUUCUGUUUCCGCUGGCUGCUCAUCUGGUUCAAGAGAGAGUUUUCCUUCGAGGACAUCCUCACUUUGUGGGAGGUCCAGUGGUCUAGUCUUCCAUGCGACAACUUCCACCUGCUGAUCGCCUGCUCAAUCCUGGAGUCUCAGAGAGGAGAACUGAUUGGCUCCAAUCACGACUUCAACACUAUUCUGAAGCACAUCAACGAGUUGACGAUGAAGCUGGAUCUGCAGACCGUGUUGCGCGGAGCCGAGGCGAUUUACCUGCAGCUGGUCCAGUGCAAGGAGCUUCCCCUCAAGGUGCUGCAGGUCCUCGGCCUCUACGUUCCCCCCAGCUCUGAGGAGGACAGCCCCGACUCCCAGGCCAGCGAGACGCAACGCCUCCUCGGCCAAUCACAGGCAGGAGCUUCCUGUUCUACUUCAGCACGUGGUCCCACCUACCAUUAAGUCUACAUCAUGUCAGCCGGUGGACUGAUGACAGUCACCUAGAGCUGUAUGAAGGAUAUUUAUAUGUGAAGAAAGAAUAUACACACUAUGAUCAAAUGAGAGAGAAGGAAUAACUGUCGGGUGAAGACUGUCGUUACUGUUUUUCAGGGGCAGGGGGCACUGUUGAGGUAUUUUUCUUUUAAUGUAUCCAUGUAUGUUAAAGUCCAAGAUAUUUAAACACUUGCAGUGCUCGGUUUCUUUACGUAUACGUCGUCCGCCCUCUUCCCUCGUUCGCCACUUGUUUACAUGUCCGCCAUCUCUUUAUUUUCUCUUCGUCCUCCUUUUCCAUGCUGCUGUUUUACCUUUUCACAAGUUAUAUCAUAAGUGUUUUCAUCCCUGCCGGUCACUUUUCUUUUCGGAUGCACUCCCAGUGAGUGCACUCACUUUGGUUUAUAUUUCUCCUGUCGUCCCCUCUGCCACUGUUCCUGAAAAAGGGAAGAAGAUUAAGUAAAAAAGAAUUGACUGGCAGCACCUUCUUAGUACUCUAUGAUGCCAUUCCUGUCCUAUGCAAAGUUUAUUGCAUGCCUUAUAUAUAGUUUUGACACGCCGCGUGGUAAUGUUUUAAAAGCCUUGUAAUUAUCUAAAAUGUCAUCACGUUUUCAUCCGCUGAUUAGUACCAAAUAAAUGGUUGAAUCUUA